AUGGAUCGCCAAUUCUCAACCAGUCCAUCUAGUAAAUCAUGCAGUUGCGCAGAACGGCGCCGCGGAAAGCGGAAAGCUUACAUUGCUCUGGGCAGCAAUGUUGGCGACCGCAUAUCCAUGAUCGAGCAAGCAUGUAAGGAAAUGGAUUCAAGAGACAUCAAAGUAAAAAGGACCAGUAGCCUCUGGGAGACCGAACCGAUGUACGUUUUAGAUCAGGAUAGGUUUGUGAAUGGAGCUUGCGAAGUAGAGACGAAUCUAAAGCCUCUAUCUUUGUUAGACCAAUUGCAGGAUAUUGAGAAAUCUAUGGGGCGACGGAAACUCAUAGAUAAGGGACCUCGCAACAUCGACUUGGACAUCUUACUUUAUGAAGAUGAAAUAGUCGACCAUGAGAGACUUAAAAUUCCUCAUAUUGGCAUCCAAGAGCGCGAAUUUGUUCUACGGCCUCUCGCCGAACUUAUACCGCAGAAGUCUAUAGACUCCUCCAAACCCUGGAAGUUCAUACAAGACUAUCUCAAUGAGCUAUCUCCAUCUCCGGAGCCUCUGUCUACUUUGACCCCAAUAUGCCCCUCGGUAAAGCCGUUGAAUGCUCUCAAGCCAACUCGGAAAACACAAAUAAUGGCCAUUCUCAACAUUACGCCCGAUUCAUUUUCAGACGGGGGAAUUCAUACCCCUGAUUCGCUUAGAGACACAAUUAUGACCUACGUUCGGGGAGGUGCCACUAUUUUUGACAUUGGGGGCCAGUCUACGGCGCCGGGGAAGCUCGAGGUCAGUGCUCAAGAAGAGGAGGACCGUGUCAUACCUGUUAUCAAGCUCAUUCGUAGUCUCCCCGAGACACGCGAUGUCGCCAUUAGCGUAGAUACAUAUCGAGCAUCAGUUGCCCAAGCAGCCGUCAAGGCUGGCGCAGAUAUAAUCAACGACGUGUCAGCGGGUCUUUUGGACUCGGAUAUGUUCUCAACGAUGGCCCACUCGGGCAAGACGGUUUGCUUGAUGCACAUGAGAGGAGACCCUAGUACAAUGAGCAAACUGAACGACUACCCUCAUGGGCUUAUCCCAACGAUUGCUAAAGAGUUACUUGAGCGGAUAGCAGCAGCCGAAGCAGCGGGUAUCCGUCGGUGGCGCAUCAUCCUUGACCCAGGACUGGGAUUUGCCAAGGUAGGCGAGCAGAACCUACACCUCCUACGUCAUUUCGAAGAGCUACGAAAUUGGCCCGGAUUAGAAGGCCUGCCAUGGCUCGUAGGAUCUAGCCGUAAGAGCUUCAUUGGUAAGGUUACCGGCGUGCCAAAGCCGAUGGAUCGAGUAUUCGGUACGGCAGCAACCGUCGCCACGGCUGUUCAGGGCGGUGCUGAUAUAGUACGUGUCCACGAUGUCGUUGAGAUGGGUCAGGUAGUUAAGAUGGCAGAUGCCAUUUGGCGAUACUAG